AACAGGUUCUGUUUUAAAGAAGUGUCGUGCCUUUCGUGCUUUAUAAGUACCGUGCGAUAUAGCAUUUUUCUAACAAGAAUUUCCUUUACAAGUCAAGCCUAAUAUGCUCAACGUGAAUCCAGUCUAUUCCCCAUUCUGUCCGAUUUUUAACCCCUGGGUUUAGCUAGCUUCCUGCCGUUGCCUUCAACGACAACAAUGGCGUACGCAGAUGUCGAAUACCGAUGCUUCGUCGGCGGGCUCAACUGGGCCACCGAUGACCAAGCCCUGGAGCGUGCCUUUUCUCCCUACGGCGAGAUCCUCGGAUCGAAGAUUAUCAACGACCGCGAGACUGGUAGGUCAAGGGGCUUCGGAUUCGUGACCUUCAGCAAUGAGCAGUCGAUGAGGGAUGCGAUAGAGGGGAUGAACGGCCAGGAUCUCGACGGCCGUAACAUCACCGUGAACGAGGCUCAGUCCCGCGAGGGAGGUGGUGGAGGAUACGGCGGUGGUGGACGCCGUGAAAGUGGAGGCGGGUACAGCCGUGGAGGCGGGUACAGCCGUGGAGGAGGCUACGGCGGUAGUGGGCGUGACCGUUGGUACGGGAGCGGCGGCGGCGGGUCCAGAAACCCAAGGAAUCCAGACCGGAGUUCUGAUAGAUCUCUUGCAAUCUCACCACCUGCACGAGGGCAGGGAACAGCUUUUCCUCAUAUGAAAGCCGUCAAAAUUGACAAUGCUGUCACUCUAGUUGGUGUCGUCUCGCAGAUCUAUGACAAAGCUUUGAUGGAGCCUACUUUCUGUGAGAUGUAUGCUGAUCUCUGUAGUCAUCUGGCUGUGGAGUUGCCUGAUUUCAAUGAAGACAACGGAAAGAUAACUUUUAAGAGAGUACUUCUGAACAAGUGCCAGGAGGAAUUCGAGAGAGGGGAAAGAGAGCAAGAAGAAGCUAAUAAAGCUGAUGAAGAGGGGGAGAUUAAACAGUCUGCAGAGGAAAGAGAAGAGAAGAGAGUUAAGGCUCGAAGACGAAUGCUGGGUAACAUUAGAUUGAUAGGGGAGUUAUACAAGAAAAAAAUGUUAUGUAAGCGAAUAAUGCACGCGUGCAUACAGAAGUUGUUGGAUCAGUCUGAGACUCCUGAUGAAGAAGGUGUUGAAGCUUUGUGCAUAUUGAUGAGUACUAUUGGGGAGAUGAUUGACCGUCCCAAGGCCAAGGAGCAAAUGGAUGCAUAUUUUGAGAGAAUGAAGAGGCUCUCUACCAAUGUGAAUUUAUCUUCUAGGGUCAGGUUCAUGUUGAAGGAUGCUAUGGAUUUGAGAAAGAAUAAAUGGCAACGGAGAAGAAAAGUUGAAGGGCCGAAAAAGAUUGAUGAAGUGCACAGAGAGGCUGCUCAAGAACGACAGGCAGAAUCCAGUAGGUUGAGUCGUGGUUUAAGCAUCAACCAGUCAGCUAAAAGGACACCUAUGAAUUUUGCUCCUAGUGGGUCAACACUGUUGUCUUCCCCAAAUGCUCAGCUGGGUGGUUUCCGUGGACUGUCUACUCCAGUUCGUGGGCUUGGCACUCAGGAUGUUCGGUUGGAGGACAGACAAUCUCAUGACACUAGGAUGUUGUCAGUUCCCUUGCCUCGGAGAACUCGGGGACCUCAAGGUGGUCUUGGGAGAGGAAUGUCAAUCAGAGGACCACCGUCAAUGCCAAGUACUCCAGUAGCUGAUGUGUCUCCAGGCUCCACAGAUUUCAGAAGAAUGGCAGCUGGUUUGAAUGACUACAGCACUUUACCAGAGCGAACAACUUAUGGCACAAGGGAGGAUCUUGUUCCAAGAUAUAUUCCAGAUAGAUUUGCUGCUCCAGCUGCUUAUGAACCUUCAAGUUCUCAAGAGCGCAAUGUGAGUUAUGGUAACAGAGACCCAAGGAAUCCAGACCGGAGUUCUAAUAGAUCUCUUGCAAUCUCACCACCUGCAGGAGAGAAGGGAACAGCUUUUCCUCAAAAUGUUGCAUCUGAAAAAGUAUGGCCUGAAGAACGCCUUCGGGAUAAGUCAAUGGCAGCAAUUAAAGAAUAUUACAGUGCCAGAGACGAGAAAGAAGUUGAACUAUGUGUUAAAGAAUUGGAUUCCCCAAGCUUCCAUCCGUCAAUGAUAUCGCUAUGGGUCGUGGACUCUUUGGAGAGGAAGGACAUGGAAAGGGAUCUUUUGGCAAAGCUUCUGAUCUAUCUUUCUAAGUCCGGGGAUGGUGUGUUGAGUCAAGCCCAGCUCAUCAAAGGGUUUGAAUCUGUUCUGACUACUCUGGAGGAUGCCAUAAAUGAUGCCCCAAGAGCUCCAGAAUUUCUUGGUCAUAUCUUUGCCAAAGUCAUUACAGAAAAUGUGAUCCCUUUGAGAGAGAUUGGGUUAUUAAUACAUAAAGGGGGAGAGAAGCCGGGUCAUCUUUUAGAAGCUGGGCUUGCGGCAGAUGUUCUUGGAAGCACCUUGGAAAUUAUAAAAUCCGAGAAAGGGGAUUCUGUCUUAAAUGAAAUCUGGGCAAGCUCCACUUUGAGGUUUGAGGAUUUUCGGCCUCCAGAUCCUUACAGGUCAAGGAAGUUAGAGAAAUUUAUUUUGGGGGAUAUUUGAUGCUCAUUGUAUAUUGGUAGAAGAAAAGGAAAGAAAUUAUUCUCUAGUGUUUUAGUCUAGUUCUUAAUUUGCGACAAAAAAAAAAAAAAAAAAAAAAAAAUCUUCUGCUGGCUUGCCGGCGGGCGGGGAUUUAUA